UGUAGGAUCCAAGAAUGUUCUAGUCAAAUGUCUAGCAAGCACUUACGGAGCAUUUAUUAUGUCCCGUGCCCUAUCCAAAAUGCUACCACUCCAGUGGAGCAGGGUAGUUAUGGUUCCCGACCUCAUAAAGUUUAAUUUCUAAAGGGACGUUAUACUUUUACGGGCAUAAAUCAUCUAGCCCAGAGAUCCUCAGUGUGGCUGGAUGACAGAAUCUCCCGGGAAGCAGUUUAAAAAGGCAGAGGCUCAGAUUCCACGCCCCUUCCUGCCUCCCUUCCCCACUCCCACAAGAUUCGAAUUGAGUAAGUUUUAGGGUGGGAUCCAGGCAUCCGCAUUUUAUGAAUACUGCAAGUGACUGUGAGGUGCAGCUUGGUCUGGGUACCCUGGCCUUGUCUUGUUUCCAGUUACCCAAAGGAAACGGAGGUUUUGACAGUGGCAGGGACCUCCCCGGGACUUCCAAGGCAAGGUGUCUCUAAGGAAGCCCGCCUGGCUUUGGGGUUCAGUGUCGGACCGUACUUUGUUCACCGCAGCACGUUUUCCCCGAGGACAGAAAGACGAGAACCUCUUCCGGCUGCGAAACAUGGCAGCGUCCUCUGGAAGGACUCUAUUUGGGGAGGGACCAUAUGGCAUUUCCGCCGGGUGCCGCUGUCCUGCGAGCCCCAGACGCGGGCUCCGGGAUGGGGUCAGCCGGCCUGGCGCGGCUGCAUGGGCUCUUUGCCGCCUACAAGCCCCCGGGGCUAAAAUGGAAGCAUCUACGGGAUACGGUGGAGCUGCAGCUUUUGAAAGGUCUCAAUGCUGGGAAGCCUCCUGCUCCUGAACAGCGUGUUCGCUUCCUGCUGGGUCCGGUGGAAGGCAGUGAAGAGAAGGAGCUGACCCUCACAGCCACCACUGUGCCCUCCCUCAUCAACCAUCCUCUGGUACGUGGACCAGCAUUCACCAGCCUGAAGGUUGGCGUGGGACACCGACUGGAUGCCCAGGCGUCUGGGGUGCUGGUGCUCGGCGUGGGACACGGACGCAGGCUCCUCACAGACAUGUACAACGCCCACCUCACCAAGGAUUACACCGUGCGUGGCCUCCUGGGCAAGGCCACAGACGACUUCUGUGAGGACGGGCGGCUGGUGGAGAAGACGACUUUUGACCACGUGACCAGAGAGAAGCUGGACCGCAUCCUGGCCCUGAUCCAGGGUUCCCAUCAGAAGGCCCUGGUGAUGUACUCCAACCUCGACCUGCAGACCCAGGAGGCCUAUGAGAUGGCCGUGAGCGGCGUGAUCCGGCCCAUGAACAAGUCCCCGAUGCUAAUCACCGGCAUCCGAUGCCUCCAGUUUGCACCCCCGGAAUUCCUCUUGGAGGUGCAGUGCAUGCAUGAGACACAGAAGCAGCUGCGGAGGCUGGUGCAUGAAAUUGGCCUGGAGCUGAAGAGUUCCGCUGUCUGCACCCAGGUGCGGCGGACACGCGAUGGCUUCUUCACCCUGGACGACGCCCUCCUGAGGACCCAGUGGGACCUACAUAGCAUCCAGGAUGCCAUCCAGGCCGCAGUGCCCCGGGUGGCAGCAGAGUUGGAGAAGAGCUUGAGGCCGGGGCUGGCUACCCAGCCGCUCCCUGGUCCAGGCCGGUCCUGGGACUCCGAGAGGCCAAGCCCCGCCUUGGGACCGGACAGCCAUGUGGGGCAUUGAAUGGCCGGGCACUGGUGGAGCCAUGGGUGUAUAAAGAUAAGAAGUGUUCCGCAUUCGCUUGGCGACCCAGCAGUAAUGAACCUGACUUGUCUCCAUGAGGACACGGGUUCAAUCCCUGGCCUCACUCAGUGGGUUAAGUAUCCAGCGUUGCCAUGAGCUGUGGUGUAUGUCUCGAAGAUGCGGCUUGGAUCUGCCAUUGCUGUGGCUGCAGUGUAGACCGGUGGCUGUGGUGUAGACCGGCAGCUAUAUCUCCAUUUUGACCCCUAGCCCAGGAACUUCCAUAUGCUGAUGGUUCGGCCCUAAAAAGAUCAAAAGAAAAAAAGAAAAAGAAUCGUUCAUGAACCAAAACUGAUGACUUUGCAGACCAGAGAGGAGGGGGAGCUUUUCUUACAUGUGACGGAAAACCAUGAAGCUCUAAGAGAAAAGAUGAGCAGGAGUUCCCAUCGUGGUACAGCAGAAACGAAUCCGACUAGGAACCAUGAGGUUGCGGGUUCAAUCCCUGGCAUCACUCAGUGGGAUGAGGAUCUGGUGUUGCCAUGAGCUGUGGUGUAGGUCGCAGACGUGGCUCGAAUCUGGCGUUGCUAUGGCACAGGCCGGAAGCUGCAGCUCCGAUUGGACCCCUAGCCUGGGAACCUCCAUGUGCUGCAGGUGCAGCCCUAAAAAGCAAAAAAAAAAAAAAAAAUAUAUAUAUAUAUAUAUAUGGACUAAUAUCUAUAAUAUAUAAAGAGCUCAUGUAAAAUAAAAAGAUGACAAAAUUGGUCAAAUGACACAAAUUGUGUAUUUAUAUAGAAAUAAAUCCAGACGGCCAGUAAACCUGAA